AUGACCCGGCUGACGGCAACAAGGUAUUCCCCACAUCUGGAACCAGGGCAGACUCAGGCCCCAGACUCGGCUCAGCUGGUGCUUGUUGCAGGGGAGGCUGAGCAGACUGAGGUUCCUCAGAAUCAGGCCCCCGACUUAGUUCAGCUGAUGUCCAAGGCAGAGGAUCCGGUGCAGGCUGAGACUCCUCGAGUUCUGAACAUAGUGCAGGGGACAGGGAAGAAGGCAGAAUCCAAAGGAACAGAUUUCAUUAUGGCUGAGCUGAGCACAGCAGUAUCACUUGCUUUAACCAUUGAUGGGGUUUCUGGAGACUACAUGCCUUCAGCAUUCCCAAAUGAAGAUGAUGAAUUUGAUCUUUCUUCCUUCACAUAUUACCUGCUUCUCUUUGGCUGUCUUUUCAUAUUUACACUUAUAGCAUUCCUAUGUGGCCUGGUGGGGAAUGCAAUCGUCAUCUGGUUUCUCUGCUUCAUCGUGAAGAAGAAUCCCAUCACCACCUACAUCUUGAACUUGGCUGCAGCUGAUUCUUGUGUCCUUGUGACUAUAGCACUUUCAGUUUCAGCUACCAUUUGGAAUGUAGGAGGAAUUUCGCCUGAGCUGGGUUUUGGGCUGUUUAUUUCCGCACAUGACAUUAGCUUAUAUCUACUGACAGCCAUCAGUGUUGAGAAAUGUCUCUCUGUUGCCUUCCCAAUCUGGUAUCGAUGCCACCGUCUAGAACACAUGUCUGAAAUUGUUUGUGCAUUAAUAUGGGCAAUAUCCAUUCUGGUCUUCGGAAUCGAUCACUUUUUCAUUUCAACUGAAUAUGAAGACUCUAACAAAAUGUUUAGCAUCAUUCAUAUGAUCAACUCUGUAUUUUGCCCACUUGUUGUGCUCAUCUGUACGGUGAUCCUUUUCAUCAAGGUCUGCUGCAGUUUACAUCGAUGCCAACGAGGAAAGUUCUACACAGCCCUCUUGCUCACGCUUCUUUUCUUCCUCAUUUUUGGUGUUCCACUCAGUGUCACAAUAAGUGUUCAAUAUUUUCUUUAUGAUUUUAAAACAAUAAUCAUGAUGGCAUUAGCAGUAGUAUGUGCUGUUAUCAACAGCAGUGUCAAUCCAUUCAUUUACUUCUUAAUUGGAAGGAAAAAGACACAUCGAUCCAGAGAACCCUUGAAGGUGGUGCUGGAAAGAGUUUUUAGUGACAAAGCUGAUUGCAGAGAAGAUCGGAGUCCUCCAGCCACGACAGAUUCAAUGAUGAUGACUCCUUAAGUCUCUCCUUGUAAACUAAGCUGUCAUGAUGGCAUUAGAGAUGACCAACA